GAGCCGCUGCUGCUAAGCGAGCUGCCGCCGCCGCCCGCGCUCACGGAGGACAACUUGCAGCAGGUUGCCCAGGACCACGUCUGGUUGUUUUUUGAGAACCUCCAAGAGGGGAGACACCGGAAGCUCUCUGGGCAGCCUGUGCCAGUGCUUUGUCACCCACACAGUAUGAAAGUGCUCCCUGAUGUUUACAGAGACUCCUUUGUUUCAUUUUGUACCUUUUGCCUCUUGUCCCAUCACUGGGCAGCACUUAGAAGGGCUUUGCUCAUUCCUCUUCGUACCCUUACUUCAGGUAUUUAUGUACAUUGAUGAGAUUCCCCUGCACCUUCCCUCCCACAAGCUGAACCAGUCACAACUCUUAGCCUUUCCUCAUACUUGAAAUGCUCCAGUCAUUUCAUCUUCAUGGUCCUUCAUUGAACUUUUUCAAUAUCUCUGUCAUUUCUGUACUGGUGAGCCCAGAAGUGUACACAGUAUUCCAGAUAUGGCCUCACCAGUGCUGAGUGGAGAUCAGGAUCACCUACGUUGACCUGCUGGCAAUAUUUUACAUAGCGCAGCCCAGGAUACCCUCGUCCUUCCUUGUGUCAAGGGCACAUAGCUGGCUUGUGUACGACUUGAUGUCCACCAGGAUCCCCAGGUUCUUUUCUGCCAAUAAGUUGUUCAAGACGUAGGUAUCAAGGAAAUGUUUCUGUUUAAAUGAGCAGGUUAAUAUUGUUUGAUAUGAAAUUCUUGACUACUUUGCUUACUUGUUAUCAUUUUGCUUGAACAGCUAAUGCUUGCCUUCUGGCAACUUGACACAGUUUAUCUUCUGGAACCUCACUGUUGAUUUCAGAUGUUUCUAGCCAGUUGGUACUCGUUAUGUGAGAACAAGGAUUCUAAUCAUGUGAAGGAAUAGAGAGAGUUUUCUGACGGUACUCAACUCAUCUUUAAGUGUGAACAAAAACCCUGUUUUGUUGUUGCAUUUUUGUGUUGUUUUUUUCUUAGCUUUCAAGGCAGUUUCACUGAUAUGCUUGUAAGUAGGUGACUUUCCUACAGAUGUCAGAAUUUCUAAGGUAUUUAACUCUUCUUUGUUCUUGCAGGAGGAUGCUCGUGAUCUGGAUGCCUACACGUUAGCCAAAUCUUACUUUGAUCUAAAGGAAUAUGACAGGGCUGCAUAUUUUCUACGGGGCUGCAAGAGUCAGAAAGCUUACUUCUUGUAUAUGUACUCUAGAUACCUGGUAAGACAGAAGGAAAAGUUGCCUUUAAGCACUGAAUUCCUUGGCUUUGCUUCCUUUCUGCUUGUAGAAUGUGCAUACCUUAUAUAUGCUGUUGUAAAAUAAUUUUGAUUUUCCUCUGUUCUCCACAGUCAGGGGAAAAGAAGAAGGAUGAUGAGACAGUGGAUAGUUUGGGACCACUGGAAAAAGGACAGGUGAAAAAUGAAGCUCUACGAGAACUUAGAGUUGAGCUCAGUAAGAAGCACAAAGCACAGGAACUGGAUGGAUUUGGCCUUUAUCUGUAUGGUGUUGUGCUGCGGAAGCUGGACCUGGCUAAAGAAGCAAUAGAUGUAUUUGUUGAAGCUACUCAUGUCUUACCUUUGCACUGGGGAGCUUGGCUGGAACUCUGCAACUUGAUUACAGAUAAGGAGAUGUUGAAGUUCCUGUCCUUGCCAGAUACAUGGAUGAAAGAGUUCUUUCUUGCACACAUUUAUACAGAGCUCCAGCUGAUAGAGGAGGCUCUGCAGAAGUAUCAGAGCCUCAUUGAUGCAGGAUUUUCCAAAAGCACGUAUAUCAUCUCUCAGAUUGCAGUCGCCUACCACAAUAUACGAGACAUUGACAAAGCUUUAUCUAUCUUUAAUGAGCUAAGGAAACAAGAUCCUUACAGAAUAGAAAAUAUGGACACUUUCUCCAACUUGCUGUAUGUUAGGAGCAUGAAGCCUGAGCUGAGCUACCUGGCUCACAAUCUCUGUGAGAUAGACAAGUAUCGUGUUGAGACCUGCUGUGUAAUUGGAAAUUAUUAUAGCUUACGUAGCCAGCAUGAAAAAGCAGCACUGUAUUUCCAGAGGGCCUUGAAACUGAAUCCUCGUUAUCUGGGAGCCUGGACGCUUAUGGGACAUGAGUACAUGGAAAUGAAGAACACAUCUGCAGCUAUCCAGGCUUAUAGACAUGCAAUAGAGGUGAACAAAAGGGAUUACAGAGCCUGGUAUGGUUUGGGGCAAACCUAUGAAAUCCUCAAAAUGCCGUUUUACUGUCUCUAUUACUACCGACGGGCCCACCAGCUCAGACCCAAUGAUUCUCGUAUGCUGGUUGCUCUAGGAGAAUGCUAUGAGAAACUCAAUCAGCUGGUGGAAGCUAAAAAGUGCUAUUGGAGGGCUUAUGCUGUGGGAGAUGUGGAGAAAAUGGCAUUGGUGAAACUAGCAAAGCUGCAUGAACAGCUGAAUGAAUCUGAACAGGCUGCUCAGUGCUAUAUCAAAUACAUUCAGGAUAUCUAUUCCUGUGGGGAGAUAGUGGAGCACCUGGAGGUUAGCACUGCCUUCCGUUACCUUGCCCAGUACUACUUCAAGUGUAAGCUCUGGGAUGAAGCCUCAGCUUGUGCUCAGAAAUGCUGCUCGUUCAAUGAUACCAGAGAAGAAGGAAAGGCACUGCUGCGGCAAAUCUUACAGCUUCGCAACCAAGGAGAGACCUCCUCCGCAGAAAUUGCUGCUCCCUUUUUCCUCCCUGCAUCGCUGUCAGCCAAUAGCACUCCUACACGUCGCGUCUCCCCGCUCAAUCUGUCUUCUGUUACACCAUGAGUAAUGCUGGUACCUCUAACCUGUGCACUGAAUUUGACAUUAUGGAUGGGGCUUGCAGCCACCUAGUUCUUUCCAGUGAAAUUUUUAUGUUCAGUGUUGCCUUCACGGGUAAGGAAGUAGGGUAAAGAGUGAGUGGAGCCGACAGGUGAGCCCAAACAGGCAAAAGUGCAACCUACAUGAAGAUGCGUACUCUGAUAUGUGAGAUUUUCACCAACUUGUUGCAGUCAGGAGAGCAGACAUUUUCCAAUACACAAGUCUACUAACUGAGGUUCUGGGAAGAGAUUGACUUCAUAAGUUACAGUGUGUCUCUGGUCUUUCUCUGAACUUCUCUGGAUAACCUUUUACCUGCCUGGCUGCUUAAGAAUUUUUGCCUGUCUUGAACUACGGAGAUAAUGUACCACUGCAGCAGUAUGAGACGCAUAAAUGUAGUUGCCAUGUCUAUGUUAAAAGACUGACAAGUGUAAGGAAUUUCAGAACGGCCACAAAGGACAGCUGUUUGUCAGAACCACAGGUAAAACAGCAGAUAUUUUGAUGGAGUAGAAAGGCAGCCAGGGGGAUAGCACAAUUUCAAAAAAAUAAAAUGGUUAAGCUACUGUCCUCGGGCUUCUUUAUAAUGCAGCUUUCAUGGGUACUGUAGCAAAUGACAGUGGAGGUAGAUACAGCCAUGUGGCAGUUACAGCAGCCUGUCCCAUGCCGGGCUUGGUUGUGGUGCUGCUAGCUGGCCCCCUGGGCUGGUGCGUGCCAGGGUGCAGCAAGGCCCUGGUGUUCGCCUGGGUUGGGAGCCAGCAGGUGGAGGUCUGCAUAGGGGCUGCCCUGCAGUGCUGACAGGUGAGCCUGGCUCAGCUUCAGGCCCUGGGAGAAAGUGCCAGUCUCCAGUGCUGGCCAGGGCUGCUCUCCCCAGCCAAUGGAGGAAAGGCCCUUCCUGGACGUCUCAGACAGUUGUAAAAUUCUGUGCCUUGGUUAUAUGUGAAUUAUGACCCAUUUUCAUGUAGUCUCUGUAUUACUCUUAUUCUCAGGGGGUCAGCGUCUAAGAAAAUUCUGCUGUCCUUCGUCAGCUUGUGAAUCCUAAUUAGAAACAGCUCUUAAUGUAUGGGGAGUCAGUGACGGGGUAACUGUGGUGUACUCUGGUGUCAGAAAGUUUUAUUGGUCAAAAGACUGACCUGGAGUAGUAAGCACAGCUGCCAUUAAGCUGUCAGUGUAGAGCAAGUACAUGAAUGAGUAUCUGAGUUAUCACAGAAUAAACCUACAGCAGAAGUAGACACUAGCACAGAAGAUGGUAUAGAAGAGUAUUUGAAGAACAAGGUGUUUUCUUAAAACCUUAUGUUUGUACACCAUGGAAAAGCAAAGGAAAAUGACUAUAUAUACUCAUUUUUGUUCUUGGUCUAUUAACGUAAUAUGAAGCAGCUUCAAGAUUUGUCCUUAUCUUCUGCUUGGUGGAUACUGGGCACAGUACUGUAUUUAUUCAGUGUACACAAGUAAACCUAUUUCCUCCCAUGUAUCCCCCCCUUUUUUUUAUAACUAAUAUGUGAAAUGCAUCAAUUAAUUAUAACAGGAUGUGUUGCUAAA